UUUGUUUUUCUGCUAUCACAUAGAUAUCAACAAGCAAAUUUAAUGUUUGAGUUUUGCAAGCUUUUAAUAUGGUUUUAUUUAACUCUGGAAAGCUGAAGAAAUAUGAUGAUGAGAACUUGAACGAUGAUUCCCUUGAAGCAAGACUUCAACGUACAAUACAAAAUGAUAGCAUUGAUGGUAAAUAUGGUUUUGCUAAAUAUAAGGACCCUGUGGAAAGAUGUGGAUGGCUGAUAAACAUGCGGGCAACUGAAAUACAAGAUGAUGACAAGAAAUUAAUCAGUGCAGUGGAUUAUUAUUUUAUUCAAGAUGAUGGAGAGCGAUUUAAGGUUUCCCUACCAUUUAGACCUUAUUUUUACAUAGCUGCUAAAAAGGGAACUGAGCGAGAAUUGGCAACGUAUUUAAAUAAAAAGUUUACUGGCAUGAUAGCAGCUAUUGAAACAUUGGAAAAAGAAGAUCUUGAUCUGCCAAAUCACUUGACUGGAUUGAAAAGUAAAUACAUCAAACUAUCAUUUCACAAUGUGAAAGAAUUAUUGAAAAUAAAACAACAAUUACAACCAUGUGUAAGAAAGAACAAGGAACGAGAAAAAUCAAAUGCGACUUUUACACUAGUUACAGGAGACACAUAUCAGAAUAACAACAACUCCAGUGGGCCGUCCAAAUUUGAUCAAAAGGAUAACAUUAUUGACAUGCGUGAAUAUGAUGUGCCGUAUCAUGUCCGCGUCUCAAUUGAUUUGAAAAUCCAUGUGGGUCAUUGGUAUAACGUUAAAGUUCGGGGAAGUACCCAUGUAGAAAUCAAACCAAGACCCGACUUGCUACAUCGACCUGAUCCAGUAGUUGUUGCUUUUGACAUCGAAACAACAAAACUACCUUUAAAAUUUCCAGAUUCUGCAAUUGACUCAAUUAUGAUGAUUUCAUAUAUGGUUGAUGGACAGGGUUAUUUGAUCACAAACCGGGAGAUUGUUUCUGAAGAUAUAGAAGAUUUUGAAUAUACACCUCGACCUGAAUUUGAAGGGCCAAUUAUAGUCUUUAAUGAACCAGAUGAAGCACAACUUUUGAGAAGAUGGUUUGAUCACAUGGCAGAAUUAAAACCAAACAUAUUUGUCACUUAUAAUGGGGAUUUUUUCGAUUGGCCUUUUAUUGAUGCCAGAGCUACUGUCCAUGGUAUAUCAAUGGUUGAUGAAAUGGGUUUUGCCCCAGACUCGCAGAAAGAAUAUAAAGCAAGAUAUGGAAUUCAUAUGGAUGCAUUUAGAUGGGUUCAACGUGACAGCUAUUUACCAGUUGGGAGUCAAAAUUUAAAAGCUGUAACAAAGGCAAAACUACGUUAUAAUCCUGUAGAGGUUGAUCCAGAAGAGAUGGUACGAAUGGCAAGCGAAGAACCUCGGGAAAUGGCAAAUUACUCCGUCUCAGAUGCUGUUGCAACUUAUUACUUGUACAUGCAAUACGUUCAUCCGUUUAUAUUUGCGUUAUGUACAAUUAUUCCUAUGGAACCAGAUGAGGUCCUAAGGAAAGGUUCUGGAACUCUAUGCGAGGCAUUGUUGAUGGUUCAAGCCUUUCAUGCAAAUAUUAUUUUUCCAAACAAGCAAGAGCAGAUUCACACCAAGUUUUACGGGGGUCAUUUACUUGAUACUGAAACGUAUGUUGGUGGCCAUGUUGAAGCUCUUGAAUCGGGCGUGUUUCGAAGUGAUAUACCAACUCGGUUUAGAAUGGUACCAGAAGCAUUUCAAGGUUUGAUUGACAAGUGUUAUGAAAUAAUGAAAACAACGAUUGAGGAAGAGGAAGGUGUUAAAAUUGAGUAUGUCACAAAUAUGGAUGAGAUAUGUGCAGAUGUUAACAAACAACUUGAAGCAUUGCGUGACACACCUAAUCGUUUGGAGAAGCCUAUGAUAUACCAUUUAGACGUAGCUGCUAUGUAUCCUAAUAUUAUUCUGACAAAUAGAUUGCAGCCGCCUGCUCAAGUUGAUGAAGUUACGUGUGCUGCUUGUGAUUUCAACAAACCUGGUGCAAAGUGUCAACGUAAAAUGGAUUGGAUGUGGAGAGGAGAUUACAGUCCAGCAAACUAUAACGAAUAUCAAAACAUUAAGCAACAGUUGGAAGUUGAGAGAAUGCCUGGAAGAUUCCCUGGUGAUCCUCCUAGAUCAUUUCAUCAAUUAUCAGCAGCAGAACAAGCUCAAGCAGAGAAAAAGAGAUUAGCAGAUUAUUGCCACAAGGCUUACAAGAAAACCAAAGUCACUAAAUCAGAAUUACGACAGACUGUUAUUUGUCAACAAGAAAACUCUUUUUAUGUCGAUACUGUUCGAGCGUUCAGAGAUCGAAGAUAUGAAUUCAAAGGAUUGUUAAAGGUUUGGAAGAAAAAUGUUGGUGCUGCAAUGGAAAAAGGGGACCCUGCAGAAGUAAAACAUGCAAAGGGCAUGGAAGUUUUGUACGAUUCUUUGCAGUUGGCUCACAAAUGUAUUCUGAAUUCAUUUUACGGAUAUGUGAUGAGAAAAGGAUCUCGUUGGUUUUCAAUGGAGAUGGCUGGUAUUGUGUGUUACACAGGGGCAAACAUUAUUACGCAAGCUAGAGAGUUGGUGGAGCAAAUAGGUCGACCACUCGAGUUAGAUACUGAUGGAAUUUGGUGCAUUUUACCAGCAAGUUUCCCUGAAAAUUUUUUGAUAAAGACAACACACCCAAAGAAAUCCAAAAUCACCAUAUCAUAUCCUGGCGCCAUGUUAAAUUACAUUGUACAGUCAAAUUUCACCAAUCAUCAAUAUCAUGAGCUCAAAAAUGCCGAAAAGCUUGAAUAUGAAGUUAGAAGAGAAAAUUCUAUUUUCUUCGAGGUUGACGGUCCAUACAAAGCUAUGAUAUUACCUGCGGCUAAAGAAGAAGGGAAAAAACUAAAAAAAAGAUAUGCAGUGUUUAAUGAAGAUGGAAGUCUUGCUGAGUUGAAAGGAUUUGAAGUAAAAAGACGUGGUGAAUUGCAGCUGAUCAAGAUCUUUCAAUCAUCAGUUUUUGAAGCUUUCUUACAAGGAAAUACACUCGAAACUGUUUAUGCUGCUGUGGCUAAAUGUGCUGAUUAUUGGCUUGAUGUGCUGUACACAAAGGGAGAGAAUUUACCGGACACCGAGCUGUUUGAGUUGAUUUCAGAAAAUCGAAGCAUGUCUCGUUCACUUGAGGAGUACGGUUCACAAAAAUCAACAUCUAUCAGCACGGCGAAGCGUCUUGCAGAAUUUUUAGGAGAUCAAAUGGUUAAGGAUAAAGGGUUGAGUUGUCGAUUUAUAAUCUCCCGAAAGCCAGAAGGUGCUCCUGUGACAGAACGGGCUAUACCACUGGCGAUAUUUCAAACUGAAGACAGUAUCAAGAAACAUUAUCUCAAAAAGUGGUUAAAAGUUAAUGCGUCUUUUGAUUUUGACAUCCGAAACAUACUUGAUUGGAACUACUACAUUGAACGUUUGAACAGCUGUAUCCAAAAAAUCAUUACCAUUCCUGCAGCGUUACAAGGGGUCUCAAACCCAGUGCCACGAUGUGUACAUCCUGAUUGGUUACGAAAAAGACUUCUCGAGAAAAACGAUAUUUUUCAACAGCAGAGAAUCACUGACAUGUUUUUAAAAGCACCCAAGAAGGUUCAGGAAGCACCGACAGAUGGUGAAGGUGUGGACAUCGAAGAUAUAGGCAACAAAAAGAGGUUACUAACUACACCAUCACCACCUGUCGUUAAUAAAAAGCGAAAAGUGGACAAGAAGGUUGCAGAUUCUGAAUUUGUUGAGAGUGAUUUGACAAAAUCGUGGAAAAUUGUGCUGGGGAACCCACCACCUCAAGGCGAAACUAAGGAAGAACAACAGGUCUGGGUAAAGUACCAAAAACGAAAAUGGGAAUUUCAAAGACUCCAACGAUCUGCUGCUCGAGAAUCUCGAAGACAGUUACGCAAAGAAGGGUUGAGCGUUGAUACACAGAGAAGAUUAACUGGUCCAAAAAGUGGACUUGAUAACUUCUUUCAAAAACAAGCAAGAUCUAUUCUUGAAACUCCGUGGGAGAUAAUUCAGAUUGCUGAAAGUGAUACCGCUGGUGUUUACAAAGUGUUUGCGAUGGUUAAUUCAGAAUUGCAUUGUAUGAAGGUCAACGUUCCUCGAAUUUUUUACGUGAAUUCGAAAAAAUUAAAAGAUGGAGAGGGCGCUACUUGGCGAAAGGUCAACAAAAUUCUACCUCGAUCUCAUCCAACAUUUUAUUUAUAUGAAUAUGCUGUUCCAGAAGUGAUUUUUAGAGAACAUAGCAGUGAACUUGUAGCAGAAUUAUCCUCACCCGAUGUUGAAGGUAUUUAUGAAACACAGGUUCCUCUCGAUUUCCGCGCUAUCAUCAAACUUGGUUGCGUAUGUAAAGUACACCGCAAUGUUGCGAAAGCUCUGUGUGGGAGGGAUAUUGAAAGCUUUAAUCUUGACCAGUUAGAGUUUAAGUCACUUGCUGGAAAUUCGUACUUGGAAGCAGCUAACUUGAAGCAGAUAUUUUUCUACCAUGCACAACUUGAAAGCCGUGCUGUGUUUGUAUUGUUUAUGGCAGCACUACAAAAGGCUUCUGUUUUUAUUUUGAAUACUGUUAAAAGCAAUCAAAUGCCAAAUUUAUCGAAUUUAUACACCACUGAACGAAACAGCAGAAUUAUGGAAAUGGAAGAGCAAGGUGAAGCAUACACUCCACCUGGGGUGACUUCUUAUUCGUUUGAUGUUCGUGUAGAAACUAAUUCUAGUAUGUUGUAUCGAGAUAUUCAAAGAGUUCUGACAUCAUAUCGUGAUGAGAAGAAAGGGCCAACUAUGAUUGUGAUGAACACUCAAUCGGACCAAGCACACUUGAAGUCAAAGAUUAGUGCAUUAGAUGACUUUCCUAUUGUUGAAAUGCCACCAGUCGAAACUGAUACAAGUGAAUUUACAGCCUUGGACUGGCAGAGACAGUUGGCGAAGAAGUUUAUCCAAGCUUAUCUUGGUGUUAUAGGCUGGUUCGAGAACCAACUAGACAAUGCUCGUUACUUUCAUAUACCUGUUGGUAACAUACCAGCCACAGAUCCUACCCUGUUCGCUUCUGAUGUAUUCUACUCAAGACAUCUUCAGAAGCAUAAUCACUUGUUAUGGAUGUCGCCUACUGAUCGGCCUGAUCUUGGUGGAAAGGAGGAAGACGAUAACAGACUAGUUACAGAAUUUGAUGAAGGUGGGAGUUUACAAGUGAACCAAGCUGGAUGCUAUUCUACAGUGUGUGUGGAGCUUGGUCUUGAUGCGUUAGCAGUCAACACUGUUUUGCAGUCUCAUCACGUGCACGAAGCAGAGGGCGUAGCUGCUAGUUUUGAUACAGUACAGCAGGCAUCUCUUGAAGAAAUGUUAAACUCAGCACCUGGCGCUGUUGCCAAUUUGACGUCAUACGACGAGGCUGCAGCUUGCGCUUCUUCUUUCAGAAUCUUAAAGCAACUUGUGUAUAGUUGGCUUCAAGAGAUCGUUCAAAAUCAGAAUUACUUCGCUGACAAUCAGCUGAUUCAUUUUUACAGAUACCUUCGUUCACCAGAAGCUAUGCUGUAUGAUCCAGCUUUGUGUAAAUUUGUUCACGGUCUUAUGAAGAAAUAUUUCAUGCAGCUUAUAUCAGAAUUCAAAAAACUCGGUUCAACAAUUGUUUAUGCCAAUUUCAACCGAAUCAUUCUCAACACAAAGAAAAGAAGGGUAAAAGACGCUUUGGCUUAUGUACAAUAUAUAUCAAAAAGCAUUUUAUCCAAAACUUUAUUCAAAAGCAUCCGCUUAGAACCAAAAUCGUGUUGGGAAUACUUAAUGUGGAUGGAUCCAUCAAAUCACGGGGGUAUAAAGAUUCAUGAAAUUCCAGAGAAAUACAUGAAAGAUGGUGAAUUAUGCAUUGGUGAUGAUGAUAUUAGUGAUGAUGAUGACAAUGAUGAUGAUACGUUUAGAGAUCUUGUUGCAAGAGCGAAAGAGCAAAAAGUCGAGAUGAAUUGGAACAUGUGCAAAUUUCUUCCAACAGCGGGUGCCUGUCAGACAUUCUUUGGGGUUGUUAUUGCUGGUCACAUUCAUGAUGUGUAUGUACAUUUAGCCGAACAAAUGACUGUAUCUGCACCUGGCACUACCCCUGUUAAAAGAAGAGGUCUAAGCAGUCAGCAGGAGAAAAUGGCUGAAACAACGACGACUCCUAGUACAGUGGAGUUCGCACAGAAUCGAAUACAAAAUGUGUUGACCGAACAACUGUUUGGUAUCACGCAAAAGAUUGACAGGUCAUUGUCAGGGGGACGUGGAAAAGAUUCAGGAUCGGAAUUCCCAGUUUUAGCUGGAUCUCAUUUAGCAUUGAAGCAUCCAGCGUUGGAAUUUGUAAAAGCUGUAUGCCAGGUGUUACAACUUGAUAUUAACAUACAAAGUCAGGUUAAUAAACUUAGAAGAGAUUUGUUAAAAUUGAUAGGUGUUGGAAAUUUCGCUGACGAAGCAACAUUUCGUGAUCCGUGUCUAUCGUUUAUCGUACCUGAGGUGAUUUGUGAGUACUGUAACAGUUGUCGAGAUCUGGAUUUAUGUCGCGACCCGUUUAUAACCCCCGCGAAGGGAAAUAAUCCAGCGAGUAUAAGAUGUUCUAAUCAAGAAUGCGGAAUGGAGUAUUCACUGAACACCAUUGAAGAGCAGUUGUUGUCUAUGUUGUCAAGGAGAUCAAUGACGUAUACAUUGCAAGAUUUAAAAUGUGUGAAAUGCAAAAUGGUAAAAGAUAAAAACAUGUCGAAAUAUUGUGAAUGUGCGUCAGGGUUUCAAAAUCAAAUCCCAAGAGAUCGUUUUAUAAAGAACUUAAAAACUUUUGAAAAUAUAUCAAGACAUUAUCACAUGGUGAAUUUAGCUGAUAUGGUGGAAUUCAUGCUUUCUUGUAAUUAACUUGUGAAGCGACUCGUGUACUAUACGAACUUUAUUACCCAUGUAGAAAAAUUUUAUGUAAAAUUAACUUCUGAAAGGAUUUAUCCACUACCUCAAGGAAUGAAUUUUUGCGAAAUUUCUGAACUUUAACUAAUUUGAGAAAAUAAUUUACCGCGAAAAAUUUUAAUUUAUUCAUUUGUUAUUUUCUGUAUCAAAUCACAUUUGCCUCACUUAUACCUUCUCACAAUUGCUUUUGGUAACUUAGUCUCCAUUUUUUAAGUUUUCCCGCGAAAUUUAAGAAAUCAAAAACAUUCGCGAAAAUUAAUUUCCUUAAAGGUAGUUAAAUUUUUACCCCGUAAAAUAUUUGAGCAUACCGAGGAGCAUCAUUUUUAUUCUGCUUGGCAAAUUUCGCUGGCGGAAAGGAAAAUUGUUAUUGGAUAUGCACAUUUGUGACAAAUUUUAAUACUUGUAUAAAUAUACUAUAAAAAAUAAGCACAAUAA